CUGUCUGUCAGUCAGCGAAAGGAGGCGGGGAUGCACAAAAAAAAUGCAGCUUUCACAACAGCCUCUGCCUUGUAUUCGGUCAAAUUGGAUUCCCGCAACCAGAAGGAACUGAUGUACGAUUUGAUUUUUGCAAGACACAUUUAAGUCUUAUUUUAUUUGGAUGAGGAAAUCGCGAGGAGCAUUUUGGGCAGUAAUCAUGAAGCCUUUGUGAUAGGAUGAGAAGCCCAGUGCCUCGUUUCAGGGACGUCGAGAAGCAGGCGAGCAGCUUGCAGCCCAUAGAGUGUGUUCCUCCCUGUCAUGACAGACAGAGCACCAUGUGGUUUGUUCGGGAUGCCUGUGGAAUUGUCUGUGGCGUUAUCACAUGGCUGCUUGUUUUCUUUGCGGACUUUGUCGUGCUGUUUGUCAUGUUGGUUCCAUCUAAGAACCUCACCUACAGUUUGAUGAACGGUGCAAUCUUUAACAGCCUGGCUUUCCUGGCCUUGGCAUCCCACUUCAGGGCCAUGUGCACAGAUCCGGGUGCUGUACCGAAAGGAAAUGCCACAAAAGAAUAUAUAGAAAGCUUGCAGUUGAAGCCAGGUCAGGUGGUGUACAAAUGUCCUAAAUGCUGCAGCAUCAAGCCUGACCGAGCUCACCAUUGCAGUGUCUGCAAACGAUGCAUUCGAAAGAUGGACCACCACUGCCCGUGGGUCAACAACUGUGUCGGUGAAAAUAACCAAAAGUAUUUUGUGCUCUUCACGAUGUACAUUGCACUCAUCUCUCUGCAUGCCCUGGUGAUGGUGGUUCUUCAUUUUUUGUACUGCUUUGAAGAUGAUUGGACAAAAUGCAGUACCUUCUCACCUCCAGCAACAGUCAUCCUCCUCAUCCUCCUGUGCUUUGAGGGCCUCCUCUUUCUCAUCUUCACCUCUGUGAUGUUUGGCACCCAAGUCCAUUCCAUCUGUACGGACGAGACGGGUAUAGAGCAGUUGAAAAAGGAAGAGAGAAGAUGGGCUAAAAAAACUAAAUGGAUGAACAUGAAGGCGGUAUUUGGACACCCCUUCUCAAUAACAUGGUUUAGUCCGUUUUCUACACCUGACCAUGGGAAAGCUGACCCCUACCAGUACGUGGUCUGAGUUCAGGAAGAUUUAGCCUCUUUCCCUUUCCGGCUUUACGGUAGAGACUGGAGUUCACUGGACCCGUUUAACUCCAAAAACUCUGGCCAGCAUCCGUGAUUGUAAUCCUGACCUGAGUAAUGUGUCUUGCAUUACUUUUACCAGUGGGACUAUUAAAUGCUAUAAUGAAACCUACUGUAUAUGUACAACAUUUAUCCCUUAUCUUAUAUCUUUGCAUCCAUUCUAUUUUCCGGCAAAGGUAAACUUCAGGACCGUAGCUCAUUUUACACCAGACGGAGUAACUGCUUUGGCACUAGUGCAGUGCUGCUUGCAGGGUGUUAAUCACUAUAACCUUUUAUUUGUAUUUUGCCAAUAAGUUAAACCACUUAUUUCAUGUGAACGCAGGUAGCCAACUUAUUUUUUCCCCCCAGUUUUGGGUAAACGACAAUGACGCAUAGUUAUACCAACCUAUAGCUGAAAACUCAUCUGUGUUCUGUAGACUGGAUGCUAUUAAUCACAUGCAGAACGAUCUGAUGAUCGAUAGCUGACCUGGUUGGUAUAGCUUAAUGAUUUAAAGCCACAACGUGAAACUGUUUGACUUUUAUUCAUGCGUAACGUAAGCUUUAAUGGUGCAAGAGUCUGACUCUGUAGAUGCUUAUGAGAUUGUCAUUUUAUAUAGUGAAGAAGGUGUAAGAACAAACACAAUGCAACGUAAUACUCUGUAGCUAAGUACAGAGUGUCCUAAAUUUCUCCAUACAUUUUUGGAGCAAAAUGUCUUCCACAAGUUUUCAUACUCGGUUUAUAAUUAUUAUUAUUAUUAUUAUUAUUAUUAUUAUUAUUAUUAUUAUUAUUAUAAUUUUUUUUAAACUGGCAAUCAGUUUGAAAAGUUACAUUUUGCUAAAAAGUGUGAAUUUCCCCUGCGGAUGGAAACUUUUGGGACACUCUGUAGAAGGUAUAGCAUUUUUAUAGAUUUUUUUAUGUUAUAGAAAAGCGAAAACUAUUGUGGUUGAUGCAUUGCUGCUGAAGUGCUACUGAAGAUGUGUGUUUUUUUUUUAUAUUGUUCCACUGAGCCACAUGACCUGUCCCAGUGAAGUGAGCUUGAAAUCACAUCACUAUUCAUGAAGUGCUUGUGUCCUGCAAAUGCGUGUUGCAUCGCUUCUGGUGUAAAAUGGACUUGAAGAAAUGUUACUCAAUAAACCUAUGUACAUGUAUAUUCUUCUCCACAUGUCUAUAUAAAACAUCAGAUCAGGAACAAGGGAAAGGGUUAAUUCUGCACCAUUCUGUAACAUUUAAUUUCUCUGAAACAACUUUUAUAUAACAUCCUGGUUUAUUGACGAUGAUGAUGAUGAUGGUUGAUGAUUUUAUUUUAUGUUUAUUUUUUACUUAAUGUUCCUUUUCCACGGAUGGCCAAAUACAGCCUGUUGUUAGCCUUCCUGUCCUUUUCAUUCCUGUCAGAAAGUAAGAGUGUAAAAUCUAGUGAGGAAAAAAGGGAUGUUAUGUCAAGUAUUGUUACUACUGAAUUAUGAAUGAAGAUAUGAUUACAUGAACAGGAUGAUGUAUUAAUAAUGUCUUUUAUAAAUCGGUUGUCCUUUGCAGUGUUGCAGGAGGUUCCUAAAUAGAUCAGUGCAAGACGAGAUCUUUUAAUUGUUUAAGUCUAUGAGCAUUAUAUCAUAGCACUACGACCGCUGAGGGAAACCAGCUCAUUGUGACUCGUUUGAAAUGAUUUACUUUACAAUUUGUAAAUAAAGUAUAUAUAUGUUGUUUUUUUUUUAA